AUGCAACAGCAAGAUUUGAGGUCGCCGAGGGGCGCGAAGAAAGCCCGACGCAGGGUUGGACGAGGCGACAGCAGCGGCUAUGGAAGCUUCUCAGGCAGAGGCGUGAAGGGACAAAAUUCUAGAAGCGGCGGCGGUGUGCGUCCCUACUUUGAGGGCGGUCAGCUUCCACUUUCACAGAAACUGCCCUUCAUUCGCGGCUUCACUAACAUCUUCCGCGUUGAAUACAACGUGGUUAAUGUGGAGAAGCUCGCCCAAUUCGCGGCGAAUAGCGAGAUCAGCCCGGAGGUUCUGCGCAAUACUGGUAUUCUCAGAACCCUGAAUAAGCCGGUGAAGAUACUGGGGCGGGGCGAGAUUGACAUUCCGCUGAAUGUCACGGCACAUAAGUUCUCCGCUUCGGCGCGGCAGAAGAUUGAGGCUGCCGGAGGAAGCGUCAGGGAGACAGGCUGA